GGGGAGCUGAGGGAGCUCUGGGGCGGCGCUGAGGCGGCGGGCAGGCAGGCAGCAGGCACCUGGUACCAGGUUGUUAAAACUCAGCAAGAAGAAGGCCCAGAGAAGUACCUUUUCUUCGUCCCCUGAUGUGUUCAGAUUUAGCUACGUUGUGAAUUGCUGAAGUACCUGCUGGGUGUUGUGCUUUUCCUGGAAGAUGUUGGUAGCGCAUCAGAACAACUGACUGAAACCGCUGCAGCAGCACUGCCAUCUCUUCUUGAAAAUACUUGUGCUGCAGAACAAAUAGAACUGCUGAACUCUCACAAAACGGGCAUCGCUCGUACUCACAUGGCAGCUCGGCCAAUACCAUGUGCUGUCUGGUUUCAGUUCCAAGAGGCAGAAAAAAAGGCACCCUGAAACUGCUAACUAAUGCCCUCAGGCAUGUUAUCUGGAAAAUCUGAGAAUGGAUUGACUAUAUUUUACAUUAUUGCAAGUUUACGGGACGUGAAGUAAAGCCUUGGAAAUGACGCUAAAAAUGAUAAAGCUCAUCUUAGAAGGCUAGAACUUCUGUGCAAAAGAACUGGAAUCAGUUAAGUACUGUAACCACUGCUGAUUAAGUUGCAUCCUCCAACAUGACCAGUCCUCAGCCUACAAUAGAAGGCAGUGUUUCAGAAGUUGAGAUAAUUUCGCAGCAAGUGGAAGAAGAGACCAAAAGCAUUGCUCCUGUACAGCUUGUGAAUUUUGCCUAUCGAGAUCUCCCGUUAGCGGCACUUGAUCUGUCUGUGGCUGGGUCCCAGCUUUUGUCAAAUUUGGAUGAGGAGUACCAAAGAGAAGGAUCUAACUGGCUAAAACCGUGCUGUGGGAGACGAGCAGCUGUGUGGCAGGUAUUUUUGCUCAGUGCAAGUCUCAACAGUUUCCUGGUAGCCUGUGUAGUGUUGGUGGUGAUUCUUCUGACUCUGGAACUCCUAAUAGAUAUAAAGCUUCUCCAGUUUUCAAGUGCUUCACAGUUUGCAGGAGUAAUUCACUGGAUCAGCCUAGUCAUCCUGUCUGUUUUCUUUUCAGAGACUAUUUUGAGGAUUGUGGUCCUAGGCAUAUGGGAUUACAUCGAAAACAAAAUAGAGGUGUUUGAUGGUGCUGUCAUAAUCUUGUCCUUGGCACCAAUGGUGGCCUCGACAGUGGCUAAUGGCCCCAACAGCCCAUGGGAUGCUAUCAGCCUUAUUAUCACAUUACGAAUAUGGAGAGUGAAGAGGAUCAUUGAUGCCUAUGUCCUUCCAGUGAAAGUGGAGAUGGAGAUGAUGAUUCAGCAAUAUGAGAAGGCAAAGGUUAUUCAAGAUGAACAGCUGGAAAGACUAACCCAGAUCUGCCAAGAACAAGGGUUUGAGAUCAGACAGCUGAGGGCCCACCUUGCUCAGCAAGAUUUGGACCUGGCUGCAGAGAGAGAGGCCGCGCUGCAGGUCCCACAUGUACUGAACAAACAGAGCAGCAACAGAUACAAGGUGGUGGCAACUGAAGAUUCAGACGAUGAAGGCACCGAGAACAUCACUGAGUUGCAGACUCCACAAGAAGAUGACAUGAAUAAUUACAUUAGUCGAUACUACAACGAAACUAGUAGUGACAGCGGCAUUCCCGAGGCAGCCGUCUGUGUCGUUACCACCGCCGCCAUCGAUGUCCAUCACCCCAACAUCUCUUCCGACGUGUUCACAGUGGAGGUGCCGCUGCGGCUGAAUAGCACCGGGACAUCUGCCAGCAUCACAUCGGGCAGCGCAUCCCGCUCCACCGUCAGCUCCGGUACCCAGGCGUGCAGCGAGAGCAGCCAGACCCUGGGCUCCUCCCCAGAGUGCAGCGUGACCUGUGAGGAUGCUGCGGAGGCUGACACCAGCCCCCGGGCUGACCCUGCACGCACCGAGCAGCACGUGGCACAAGCCAUGGUGCAGGAGCUGCUCUGCUCCCUGUCAGAAGAAGUCUGCCUGGCUCAGAGGAGUCUGGACCCUGUCAACCUGAAGCUGCCCAGCCCAGGAGACUCAGUGAGGGCCAGCCCCAACCUGGGCCACCACCUCACCAUCUACCACCGCAGGAACCAGGACAGCCUUGAUGUCUUCCAGCUCAAACCGCUCAUCGACUGUCCACAGGGGGCCCCAGUGAUUGAUGAGAAGUAUGGGGCACUGGGCCCCCCCGAGCCACCACUGGGCAAGGUCCCCAAGGCAUAAGGAGAGCUGUGGGAACACACUGUGCAGGCACACUCAUGAUUC